CUCUGUACAAUCCACACCACGCUUAUCCAGCUCUCUCCAAAUCCCCACUUCAAAAACACACACACUAUCUCCCUGUCUUCAAAUAAGAACCUGAAAAUACAAUCGACCUAUCUUCAAAUUAGAACCUCAAAAUACAAUCGAAAAUGGCGUGGUUGGUGUCGUUGAAGAUUCUGUUGAUUUCGAGCGGCGUUGUGGCUUUGGCUUUGGCCAUGCAGCUCUAUGUUCCGUUGGUGUUUGAGUUCGCCGUCUCAAACCUUCCUCUGAUCUGGAGCUCAUGCAAAUCCUUGCUCCGCCCGCCGUAUCUCUACGUCGUCAUCAACGCCAUCAUCAUCACCAUUGCCGCCUCCUCAAUGUUCCACCAUGACCGGCUUCAGGCAAAGCUUCCUUCCCCGGAGUCUGAAUCAACGCCACCGCCGGUUGUAUACAAGCACAGAGAAGAUGACCUGGCGCCACUGGUGGUGUACAAGCAUAUACAAGAGGAUGUGGCGCCACCAGUGGUGUACGAGCACACAGAAGAUGACGUGGCGCCACUGGUGGUGUACAAGCAUAUACAAGAGGAUGUGGCGCCACCAGUGUACGAGCACAGAAGAGAAGAGGAUGUGGCGGCGUCACCGGUUGUGUACGAUGACAGAGAGGAGGCCGUGAUUAAGGAGGUGACGUCUAUGGUACCAUUUAACAACCCUGAAGAGCCUGUGGCUGAGGUUGAUAAUGAUCGUGAGGAUGAGAUCGAGGUCUCGACAGCCACGUGGACGACGCCGGAGAAUGCUACGAAAUUCGAUGAUAUUGUUUUGCCGGUGGAGAAGCCUCUAGUCUCUUCGAGAUUCAGUCACCGGAAACCGGCUAGAUCCACCCCUGAAGGUGGGAGGCCGUUACGAGUGUCCAAGGUGCCAAAACGGCACGACACGUUGGAGAACACGUGGAAGAUGAUAACGGAGGGGCGUGCGAUGCCGCUGAGCCGGCACAUCAAGAAGAGCGACACGUGGGAUCAUCACGGUAGCGGAGGUGUCAACGUUAACGAUGAAGUGGACGAGGAGACGUCAGAAGCAGUGCAACAGUCAAAGACGUUUAAGGACAUGACCGUGAGGACCAUGGCAGCUGUGAGUUCCUCGCCGGGAGGGAUUAAGCUGAGGAAAGAGCCGUCGCCGAGUCAGGACGAUUUGAACCGCCGAGUCGAGGCGUUUAUACAGAAGAUCAACGAAGAAAUGAGGUUGCAGAGACAGGAGUCAUUGGAUCAGUACAUGGAGAUGAUCAACCGUGGAAGCCAUUAGUCCAGUUAUAUGCAUCGAAGUUGAUUUUCUAAUGUAGGCACAGGUAGUGAUUUUUGAUUGCAUUGAAUUUUAAAUUUCUCACUGAAAAAAAAAAUGAAAGAAAAAAAAAGUAAAGAUACAAAGUUACAGCUAGCUAGCUAGUUAGGAUUUUUGGAUUGGUUUUUGAGUCGAAGUUCCUUUCGGUUAUGGUUACAGAAAAGAAAAUACACGUCAGUCAGUAGUCUGUAUUGUACAGGAAGAAAUUUUAUUUGCUGCCUUGUAAAUUAAGAACAAAAAUUCUAAUGAUGUUUGUACAAGUUUUUUGUUGUAUA